AUGGUUUCUAGCGCCAUGUCAAAGCUCGACAAGCCAGACUUUCCCUCCCCUCAAUGCAUCCUGUUCAGUGAUGAGAACCAGAGGGUGUUUCUCAUCGACAUCCCCACUUCCAUCGAAGAGAGCCAGGUCUUGCCGGGGCAAAGUGCCGAGACAACAUGCAGAGGAGGGGAAGGACGGCGGCGGCGGCUCCUCUCAGUCGACCCUGUCGCCACGCCCUAUCCGCUACCGGAGCCACGGAACCUUCAUGCCAGCCAAGGUACACCAGCAAGCCAACUCGCAGAUCUUAUGAUUGAGGCGGCGGUGAGGGGUGCCCUCGACACGCUAAAAAGAGACUACACCGCGCCGUUUUGUCUUCCACGCGUGACUGAUGGUGGGAGCAUCACCGCCAAAAUCAGCACUUGUAACGACGAUAAGAGCCUGCAGGACCAUCCUGCGAGCGAGAAUGCCGUUCAAGAUGCGGCUGCGGCACCCGCGCCUAUUAUUCCUAAUGAAUCUACGUACUUAAGCGGUUCUAUUGAAGAAACUCGGGAUGCUUUUGUGUCAACCGCACCGUCCUUUGACCUCGUGGUCCUAGACCCUCCUUGGCCUAACAAGUCCGCGAAAAGGAAAAAGGGCGGUUAUUCCACUGUUUAUGGCCUCAAGGAGACCAGAAGCCUCUUGGAGCAAAUACCUGUUGGCGGCCACCUUACUGAAGAUGGUCUUGUUGCCGUAUGGGUGACUAACAAGCCCAGUCUAGUACAUCUUCUCACAUCACCCCAGGGAAUUCUUGCUGGUUGGGGCCUGGAGGUUGCUGCAGAAUGGGUCUGGGUCAAGAUAACAUCCGAAGGGGAGCCAAUUUUUGACAUGGAAUCGGCCUGGAGAAAGCCCUGGGAGAGGCUGAUUAUUGCCAAGCGGCGCGGCGAUAGUCGUAAGAUACCACAGAGGAUACUGUUCGCGGUCCCCGACAUCCACUCUAGGAAGCCAAAUCUGCGAUCCUUAUUCGACAAGCUGCUGCCCCAAGGGUUCCGCGGUCUGGAGGUCUUCGCCCGCAACUUGACGGCGGGCUGGUGGGGAUGGGGCGAUGAGGUCCUUCGUUUCCAAGAAUCCCAUUACUGGGUUACAUCGCCCAAACAGUCAGAACCCCAGAGCGAAGAGAGAAGUGAACCUGAUGAUACCAAUUGA